GCCAAUGCCAUUUGCCCUCGCCUUUACCGACCCCGACCCCGACUUGCUUCAACAUUCCCGCAUCCGACCAUUAGCCAAUUCUACUCUUCCCCUUGGACAAUAUCUUCACACAUCUCUACUCCCCGUCGUACCGACGCGACCUUUGCUCGAGCUUUUACGAUCCGAUGCAUCUUACUUGCGACUAAUAUUUGCUCCCUGCGAUCGACGCGUUCGUUCGUUCGUCCUGUGCACAUCUAUUUGCGCCACCGUUUCGCGCUCCCGAUCGCGACCAGCUUCACUCCGACCGGAACUCGACAUUUGUAGCCACCGUAACCACGGAUCAGCCCAUCAUGACCGAUAACCUGGCCUUUGAGGGCUUGGUCCCGAGCGAAUACUUCACAUACGAGGGCCGCCUGAGCUCUUUCCACCAGGUCUAUCCUGCGCCGAAGCGCCGCCAGUCUGGCGCUAUCAAGGGCGGCAAGAACUUGACUUGGCCGCACAUGAAAUAUCUCGUGCCUGGAGAACUCGCGAAAGCAGGCUUCGUUUGGCGACCGUUUCCCGAUAACCCCGAUAACGUCGCAUGCUUCCUCUGCAACAAAUCUCUUGAUGGCUGGGAAGAAGGCGACAGGCCCCUUGAGGAGCAUCUUAAGCACUCUCCCAAUUGCGGCUGGGCCAUUGUUGCAGGCAUCGAGGCCAACAUCAACGACCUGGCGACCGAGGACCCGGCCAGCACCCGGAUGGUUGAGGCCAGGAAGGCGACCUUUGACGGACGGUGGCCCCACGAAGGAAAGAGAGGCUGGAAAAACAAGAUCAAGCAGCUCGCCGAGGCAGGCUGGAAGUACACCCCUUCCAUUGAAUACAACGACAUGACGACAUGCACUUAUUGCGAGCUUGCCUUGGACGGUUGGGAACAAAACGACAAGCCAAUGGACGAGCACUUCAACCGAUCACCCUCCUGCCCGUACUUCGCCCUGGUGGAUCAAUACGCCGCCACACGGAAGCCCAAGGGCAAGGGAGCUAGAGGCUCCAAGACAGCAUCGAGGCUCUCUGUGCAGUCCGUAGCGACAGCAGCUUCUGACAUCACGUCGAUGACUGAUGUUCCCGCCGAAUACGACGACAGCGUUCUGACGACAACGUCCACCAUGGGCGGCAAGAAGGGUGCUCGCGCCAAGAAGGCCUCGGCAGCCACCAAGGGCCGGAAGACCAAGGCCAAGAAGGACGAGCCUGUCGAGGUAGUUGAAGACGAAGCGAUGCCGCAAGAGGAGGUGCCCCCUCCACCUAAACCAGCACGAGGACGCAAGCGGACAAGUGACGAGGUGGACGAGUCUGCGCUCACCGUCUCUGAGGCACCCGCUCCAAAGAAGCGCACGGCCCGCGGUCGAGGUAAAGCCACUGCUGACAACUCAAUGGUCGAGCAAUCACAACAAGAUAUCAGCAUUGCAGAUGCACCACAGCAGCCGGCGAAGGCGCCCAAAGGCCGGAAAACUGCCAACGCGUCCGGAACCAAGGGAACACGUAAAGCCUCAGGGACGUCACAGAGAUCAACAGCCUCGGUCGUGUCUUCGCGAGGCGCUCCCGGCGCUUUUCCCGAGGACGAUGACGAGAUCACCCGGCAGCUAGAGGCCGAUCUCGAGCGUCCGUUGACCGACGACGAGGACAUCAUGCAAGAUUCCGACUCUGAACGGAGCAAGGUACCCGCACCAAAGUCAAAGGCAAAGAAGAGCCGCGCCGGCUCCGGUGCUGCCGCCAGCCCUGAGCUUUCGGAAACCCGUGAAAUGUUCGAUGCCGAGCCGUACGUCGCGAAUGAGGACGACGUGGAUGAAGAAAUGAAGCAGCUUGAGGCCGAGAUGACGGUUGAUGAGUCCGAGGUGGUCGAAGUGCCAAAGAAGGGACGUAAGGCCGCGGGAACCCGCAAGGUGUCCAAACAGACCAAGGCGCAGAAAGCCAAGGCUGUGAAGGCCCCCGUUGAAGAGGUUGAGCCGGAAGUGCCCGCUGAGCCGGCCCAAACGGAGGAUGCUGCUGCUGCCAUGGAGGAAGACGAGCUUAGCACUACCACCGUUAUCACGAAGCCUGCCCGUACGAGCACAGGCAAGAAGCGCGGUCGCCCCUCGAAGGCAUCUCUCGCCUCGCGUGCUUCUUUGGAAAAUGUUGGCAAGGCCAAAGAGGUUGAGGUUGUUGAACCCGAGGCUGAGGUUCAAGCUGAAGCGAAAGCUGAGGAUGAAACAGCGUCUGCGGACACCUCGGUGCGUCAGUCGUUUGCUUCUGCAAGGCAAACGCCGGCACCUGCCGACCAGCGAGACGAAUUGGGAGAUGAACCUGAGGAGGUCCAAGAGGAACUUGAAGAAAAAGAAGAAGAGCGCGAACCAGAAGUGGAGCAAGAGGUCGAAUCCGAACCCGAGCCGGAGCCCACGCCAAGAAGCGCUCCAAAGGAGAGCUCGCCGGCGCCUCCUUCGUCACCCGUCGUCACAUCUUCGGCUCGUCACAGUCUUCAGCACCAACAUGGGACGCCUCGCAUUUCGCCUGCCCAGUCUGCUCGGCAAGCGGCGGUCUCACCUUCGCCUUCUCCUCAAUCGUCGGAUGCCGAGAACCAGCCUCCUUCGUCGAGGCCUUCUUCCACUUCACAGAAACGGGUGACACACGCACUCGUUUCAUCCACUCCGGCACGGCCAAGCUCCCCGUGUAAACGGAAGGCUUUGGCUAGCCUCCAGAGCGCAACGCCUUGGAACCCGGUCGAUAUUGACCUCAUCUUCGGAUCUCCUGAAAAGUCCGACCAGAGGAACCCUGUCGACAGACUGCUGCACAAGGGCUCUGAGCUGACAAGCCCCGAGAAGCGCAUGACGGUCGAGGAGUGGAUUUAUCACAACGCAGACCAGGCAGAGGCGAAGUUGCGCCAGGAGUGCGAGGCGAUGGUCAGCAAGUUCGAGAGCGAGGGGAGCAAAGCUAUGAAUGUUUUGGAGGGUUUGAUUGUGGACUAAAUACUUGCAUAGCGUAGUGCCGUUGGGGAGCUUCCUUUUAGGUUUCUAGUGAUUGGUUUAAUGAUCAUGAUACAAUAACAGACACAUCAGUCAGUGUACAGGCGCUUCCGGAGUAGAGAGAGAGUGGUUGGGCUAACCAACGGUUGUUGAACGACGAGUCAACCAGGCCAGCGGAGUGGGAAGGGGGGGUAAGACAAAGCAAGGAGACUCGAGGGAGUCUAGAGUAUGCUUCCUCAAACAUUCAAGAUAGGAAGAUGGGAAACAUUGAGCGGCAUAUUGUUCAGACAGGCAAUGGCAUUAUUAUUAUUAUUCGACUUAUAAAUAAUGAGGG